CACCAUGAAGGCAUUUCAGAUCACCGUAUCGGUGCUAUUGGGUUUGUCUUCCCAUCUCGGAACAACUGCAUUUAUUCCAACAUCUAUUAAGCGUGGYGGCAGUCACCAACUUCCCAAAGYCAUGGCCACCACAACGUCGGAGGAAAUCAUUCCGCGAGAAGUACUUUUUGGAAAUCCAACAUACGCGGGUUAGUUCUUUGCUUCGAUGUGUAAUUUUCUGUUCUCCAUUAUGACCCUUCAUUUCGCAGCAUUCGAAAUCAUACUAACCAACCCCCCGUCGUCUUUGGCUUCGAUCGUCUCUUCAGCACCAAAGUUGAGUCCCGAUGGAAAAUUUCUUACGUUUUUGGCACCGAACGAUGAUGGGGUACUCAAUGUAUUUCUGCGCUCUACCGAAGAUGAAAACAACGAUGAUGCUAGAAUGGUAACGAACGAUACGUCGCGAGGCAUUCGACAAUACCGAUGGGCACCAGACAGCGAGACUAUUCUUUACCUUCAAGAUUUUGAGGGAGAUGAGAAUUUUCAUUUGUGGGCGAUUGAUGCCAUCAAGUCCGACGCCGUUGCAAAAGAUUUGACACCGGGAAAGGAUGUCAAAGCCUCCAACCUCAUAACAAACAAACGAUUCCCCGAUGAGAUUCUUGUCGCAACGAACGAACGGAACCCAAGUUUGUUCGAUAUGUACCGAGUGCAAUACAAGACCGGGGAUAAAUUUAYGGACACAGAAAACCCUGGUGACGUGCUCGGAUGGGGUAGUGAAGACUCAUCCUUUGAAGUGCGAGAAGCUUUGGUGAAAAAUCAGGAAGAUGCCUCUAGUACAAUCCGUGUAAGGGAUAGCAAAGACGCGGACUGGCGAGACCUUGCUACCUUUCCGUAUGGAGAGAACGGCAACCUAGUUGAAUUUUGCGCUGACGACGGGAAGACAUGUCUGAUGACCAGCAGUGUCGGCCGAGAGACUACGGCUUUGUUGAAAGUAGACAUCAAAACUGGGGAAACRCUUGACGUGAUUUCUGCUAACGAUAAAUGCGAUGUCGGAGGCAUCACUAUUGACGACGACACAAAAGAGGUGAAGGCGGUCUCCUACAACUACGCCAGAACAGAGCGCGUUUUUUUCGAYGAGGACCUCGAAAACGAUUACAAAUUGUUGAAAUCUCUGGGACCCGAUGGUGCUGACAUUGGUGUUGCCAGUAAGACCGAGGACGAAAAAACAUGGAUCGUUGCCUACACCCGAAGCGAUGGACCUACCGAAUACGUUCUUUAUGAUCAAGAAAAGAAAGAGACGAAGGCCUUGUUCGUUUCGAAACCCGACCUAUUAGACUACAAGUUUGCCCCGAUGGAGGACAUCAGAGUUACAGCCAGAGAUGGACUGGAGCUUGUAGGCUACUUGACGAGAGCRRAUACCGAAAAAAAAACACCUUUGGUUCUGUUGGUUCACGGAGGACCUUGGGCACGCGAUUACUGGGGCUUCAACGCACAAGCGCAGUGGUUCGCCAAUCGUGGAUACGCCACUCUKCAAAUGAACUACAGGGGUUCGACCGGUUACGGAAAGAGUUUUCUUCACAAGGGAGAUGGAGAAUGGGGCGUCGGAACUAUGCAACACGAUCUGACCGACUCGGUCCAGUGGGCUAUUGACCAAGGAAUCGCGGACCCUGAAAAUAUCUGCAUCUACGGUGGAUCUUACGGAGGAUACGCAUGCCUUGCGGGCCUGACGUUCACACCCGAUCUUUACAAGUGCGGUGUCGACAUUGUUGGACCGUCCAACAUCAAGACCUUGCUCGAUUCCAUCCCACCGUACUGGGGUCCGCUUCGAAACGACAUGUUGAAGAAAAUCGGAGACGUCGAUGCCGACGAGGAAUUCAACAAGAAGAUCUCGCCCCUCUACCACGUCGACGAGAUCAAGGCCCCGCUUUUGAUCGGACAGGGCGCCAACGAUCCCCGGGUGAAACAGGCAGAAGCCGACCAAAUCGCGUUCGCGAUGAAAAAGAAGGGAAUCCCGGUCGAAUACGUUUUGUAUCCGGACGAGGGCCACGGGUUCGCCCGACCCGACAACAGAAUCGAUUUCAACGGCCGUGCCGAACAAUUCCUUGCGACACACCUGGGCGGAAGGGCGGAAGCUUUCGAUGGUGUGGAGGACGCCACCGCCGUCUUCCCUCUCCUAGAGAGCACAGUAGAAGCCUAAGCCCAUGCAAGAAACCUAGAGUAACGGUAGUACUGUAGGAUGUAUCAAGUUCUGAACACGGCGAUGGAAUAAUAAGCAAACUAAUUC